UGUGUCCCCCAGGCACCCGGGAGGCUCGGAGGCUCUUUCAGGAGGAAGCCUUCGCUGAAGAAAGAGCAAAAUGGCAAGAAAAAACUGCCCAGCUUUUUUGGGUUAGAAGGAGGGCAGGAGAGAGAUACGACCACAGACAAAAUCCUGCAGUAUAUUCCAGGAAAGAGUAUUGAGAACCAGGAAAACCAGAAAGAAAACUUGGACCAGAGGUUCCCCAGCCUGUGCAAGAAGGGACGAAGGAAAACGGUGGUCAGGAAUCUGGGGAAAAUUAUUUAUUACUCCAAGGUCAAGUUUAAGUUCCAGCACUGCCAGUGCACAGAUCAGUCUGAGAUGCAGAGGGCAGCUGCGAGGAGUGAAGUGUCCCAAAAUAAACCCCAAAACGUGUCUAUUCUGCAGGAGGUGAAUGACUGCUUCUUGGAGCUGUUCCAGUCUUACCUGUACUUCCAGUCUACGGGCUCCAAUGGACUCACCUACCAGGGACUGCUGCCUUUGAAAGAGCUGAACGUGUGUGCAGUGGAGAAGGGGAAGAGCACGGGGCAGGAGGAUCACGCUUUCCGCAUCGCAGGUCCUCUGCUGAAUCCCCUUAUCGUCUUCUGCCCUACUGAGUCAGAGCUGAAGCAGUGGCUUUAUCACCUGGAGAAGCAGAUCCAGCUCAACGGAGGAAGCCUUGGCCUGCCCUUCCUCGCUCAGAAUGGCUGGCAGCAGAGCCCCGCAGCGAAGGAGGAGCUGCGGUGGUCGGUGCAGAACAUGCCCGUCCAGGAGUGGAGAGGGACCCAGCGUGAAUCCCUCGGCGAUGUCCUCUGCGUUUCCAAAGUGAAGCUGCAGCACCUGCCUUUCCAGGAGCAGCACGACCGCCUGUUGGUGCUGUACCCAUCCACGCUGGUGAUCGUAUCCGAAGAGCGCAACGGCCUCUGUUUUAAGGGCGAGCUGCCACUCAACGCCAUCCAUGUGCUUUUUGAAGAAAAUGAGAAAUCCUCCUUUUUAAUAGAAGGCCGACUGAUCAAUUCGAUCCGGGUGAUCUGCCGCAGUUACGACGAUUACCAGGAGUGGCUCUACUGCCUCAAAACUGCCCAGUUCCGAAACGCCGACUCCUCCCUGUCCGGAUCAGAGAGUUUCUCAGGAUCAAAGCCGCCACAUCCCAGCCAGUUUGCCGGCAGCGGGAGAGGGUCGCUGACUUCUGACGGCCGCACCAACUCCUGGGCGUCGGGAGGGCGAGGGACCACCUUGACACACCUCUCCCAGCACAGCGGCUCCCUCCCCGAUGGCCAAUCCUUCAUGCUGGUGCCCGAAGACCCCCUCUCCCCUGGCUAUUCCCAGCCUUUCCAUAGCCUGGCACAGGCCAACUGGCCCAGCACGGACCUGCGGAGAGGGGGCAGCGCCAGGAAGUCCAAGGGCAAAUGCGGGCCAUGUGGCCAGCAGCUGCCCGGCCAGGACACGGAGAGGAGCAUCUGCAGCCUGAUUCCCGAAAACCCCAACGGCGAGCUGCUGUCCUCGGUGUACAACGAGCCGUACUCCACACCCGGCUCGCAGCAUCACCCCAUGGCUCCCCCAGCACGCCUGGACCUCAGCAGUCUGAGCAGAUGGAGCCUGCUGGGAAGUCAGCCCUCGACAGCUUCCAGCUCCCUGGAGAAGCCGGCUGUGCCCCGCUCCCCCCUGUAUGCAGACCCCCGUACACCCAGCAUCCCCAGCACGGCAGGCUUCGGCUUCCUGGAAGAGGUCUCUUUGCCAGAGGAACAUCUGGGCCCUUCAUUGCAGCCACCAGAUGGGGACGUCGGCCCUUACGACCUGCCAGAGCCCGGCUGCCUGCUCCGUGACUCCUCAGCCUACCACGACUACGCCGAGCUGCAGAGCUUCCAGAGCGACUUCAGCUACGACAACCUCUGGGAAGCUGAGGGGAAGGAGCUGGGCACCCCCUGCAGCUCCCCAACGCCCAGCCCACGGUUUUACGAGGUGUGA